AAUCCGAACUACAGCCGUCCUCCGUUUCAUUCGCGCCAAAAAGCGCCCAGGCAGCUACAGCUCUUGUCAGAAACCGCGCACUGUUGAAAACAUCACGGACAAGCUUCGAUUCACGUAGUCCUCGCAAAGAUGGGACUUCUCAGCGACUGCGAAGAGCUGUUCGGCACCUCCGACCUCUACAAGCUCUUCGGCGUGCCUCGAGACGCCUCCGAAAGCGACGUCAAGAAGGCGUACAGGCGCCUUUCGCUUCUAGUCCACCCCGACCGCGCCGACGAAGCUCGGAAGGAGGCGGCGACGCGGAAGUUUCAGGUCCUCUCCAAGGCUCACCUGGUACUGGCCGACGCCGACAGGCGGGCCGCCUAUGACGACACCGGUUGCGUCGACGAGGACGACGACCUGGACAGCGACCGCGACUGGACGUCAUACUGGCGCCUCCUGUUCCCCAAGAUCACACUAGCCGACGUCGAAAAGUACCUCGCCAAGUACCGCGGCUCCGACGAAGAGCUGGCCGACCUGAAGGCCUGCUACGAGCGCUUCAAGGGCGACUUCGACGCCAUCAGUGAGCACCUCAUCGGCUACGAGAUCGAGGAGGAGGACCGCUAUCGCAACAUCCUCAACAAGCUCAUCGAGGACGGCGAGGUGAAGGCGUACCCCAAGUUCACGAAGGAGAGCAAGAAGUCCCGCAAUGCGCGCAAAAACAGGUACCUCAACGAAGCUGAGGAAGCCCAAAGCAUGAAGAUGGAGCUCGGCCUAGAUGGCAGCGACGAGUCGCUGGCAAACGCCAUUGCCAAGCGGCAGCGCUCGAGGGAGGCCGACUUUGGAAAUCUUAUCGCAAACCUCGAAGCCAAGUACUGCAAGCCCAAGAAGAAGAAGGUGACCAAGUGAUGAGCUUUUUAUCUUUCAUCAUUCCCCGUGUGGUGUUCAGACUUAUGACAGGAGCGCAAAUUUCGCGCUCGGCCAGACUUCCAAACCCUGCUGGUGUUUCGGGCUUGUGGACCUAGGUUGGUCUGUUGCACUCAGGCAAAGUAGCCAUUGCUUUAAACGACUUGUAUAUAAUGAGUGGUAAAGUUGUUGAAGACGAUAUAUACUGUAUAUAAAUGUGUGCAUACCUCUGCUUA